GGUCUAUAGUCUACAACGUUUUUUUUACAGAACAAAAACAGAAAGGAUGGAGGCAGCAAAGUGCCGGUAAAGCCACGUUCACGUCAGAAACUCGAGACACAUACGCAGCGGAGGUAUACUGUAGAAUCUUUCAUGGCACACGAGGCGUACAUCUAUCACCGAGUUGCACUCACUCUCAUCUUUACAGUUUUCCGUGUAGACUCCUGCAAGAUGGAGGUCAAAGAGAAGUCAAUUACAGAAAUAUGGCUGAUGGAGGAAGAGUCCCAUAGUAUUCCCUGUGAUGUCAGUGUAACUCAGUGUCCUGGCGGGGUGGAUUUUUCCUGGCAUGUCUUCAGGAAGUCCUCAUAUGAAUGGCUAAACCUGGACGCUGGCUCAUCUAAGUUUUCAGUUCUGAAUGAGGGGGCACUGGAGGUGAAGUCCUUUCACGUGGUUGACAGUGGGAUUUACCAUUGUGGUGUGGAGUAUCACAGAACAGGGAAACAAAUCAUUGGAAAUGGCACGGUUGUGACAGUCACAGCGUUAAGUCAUCAGAUCAGACAGGCUUUGCUCUGGUUUCUGUUUGCAGUGUUGGCCCUCUACAGUCUAAUAGUCCUUACUCUCCUCAUUUUGAAGAUGACUGGACGAGACAUACCAAUCCUCAGGGGGAAAUGUGGAAACAUUAAUGGCUCAAAGAACAACUCAACCAGAAGAAGACACUUCCGGGCUGUGGUGCAAGAGCUAUAUAGCAAGAGGAACUUACACAGCUCUCCAAAACCCCCAGGCCUUCCACAGUCAGCAGACAGCCAGUUUGAGAACCCACAUACCCCAACACAAGAUGAUGACAUCUAUCAAAACAUGUGACUUAAACCACCGGAAGGAGUAGUGGGAGGUCAAAAUGUUCACAGUUGUCACCUGACUAACCCAGAAUGUUUACAAGUACAAUGGCUGGUCCUGCAGCAAUAGGAUUUGAUGUCCUGUUUAAAAUCUUUUAAAAUGUAAAAUCAAAUGAUGAAGCAAGAAUUCAUUCAGUAUACAUGUGAACUCCAACUGCCCUUUUUGUGUUUGGGUACUCACACAAUGACAACAUUUGUAACCUGAUAAUUUACUGUAUUUUUUAAAUAAAGAUAGACCCUCUGAAUGUCA